CAAUUGAAGAAAAAAAAAAGAAUCAAAAUCAAUUGCUUUGCGUGCGGCAUCGAUUUAGUCGGAACCCAAAUCGAGGGUUUCGCAAGCGAGAUCGUCGCCGGUGACAGGGACGAGAUGGACGCCGGCGGGGGCGGCGUCUUGGCCGCCGUACUCUGCAUGCUGCUGGUCUUCGCUAUCUUCCCCCUCCUCCUCUGGCGCCGCCGCUCCGAUGCCGCCACCGCCGAUAACCACCGCCACCCGCCCCAGCCCCUCCAGGAGGAUCAAGUGCUGCACGGCCGCGCGGCGGCGCGACGGAUGCGUCGGAGGCCUGGGGCUGCCGGAGCAGGCUCCUCUGCCGCGUCAACUAGCCGCAAUGUUGUAGAGGACGACGCGGAGAGUGAUGAGGAGGAGGUCCCCGAAGGUCGCAACGUCCCCAGAUCCUCCAAAAAGGAGAAGAAAAGGCAAGAGCGAGAGGCGCAGCGUCAGGCUGAAGAAGCUGCACGGGAUUCAAGGAGGAGUAAACAAGACCGAUACGAUGAGAUGAGGAGGAAGAAGGAUGAGGAACGUGAGGCACAAGAGAGGCAAUUGGAAGAAGAAGCUAGGGCACGGAAAACAAAGGAAGAGGAGGCUGCUGCUUUAGAGUUUGAGAAAUGGAAAGGGGCCUUUUCUGUUGAUGCUGAAGGUACAACAGAGAGUGAGACACAAGACGAUGGUCAGGGUUUGCUCCACAACUUUGUGGAAUACAUAAAGAAGCAGAAGUGUGUUCCCCUAGAGGACCUGGCUGCAGAGUUUAGGAUGCGAACCCAGGACUGCAUCAACCGAAUUGUUACUCUGGAAAGCAUGGAUAGGUUAUCUGGUGUGAUGGACGACCGUGGGAAGUUCAUCUACAUCUCCACUGAAGAGAUGAAGGCAGUUGCAGAGUACAUCAGGAAACAAGGGAGAGUGAGCAUAUCACAUCUGGCCAACAACUCAAACCAGUUUAUCGAUUUGGAGCCCAAGGCCCAGUACGAGGAAGAGAGGCAGCAAGAUGACAGUGCAGCAGCGGGCACAGAACCAUGAGAAUUCCUUGGCCUGGCACCAGCACCAUGUAGCAUACUCUUGUGUUUCUGCGCUCAGGGAUGUCUGACUUCUUAAGUUGCGCUAACAUGGUUCUAAGUUGGACACUGGCCAUAUAUGUAGUGGUAUAAUGUACUUGUGCUGACAUGCUAAAUACCAUCAUACCAUGUAGAACAGAGAACUUGAGGGUUUGAAUUUGAGAGCGGAUACUGAAUGAGAGAUUUAUUGGAAGCCUCCGGUACUGGGUCUGCCCUGCCCAUCUGGAUCUAAUGGUUUCAAGCGCUAGUAUGAAAAGAAAAAACCGAACUUCGAUACUCUGCUCCUUGCA